AUGCCUUCAUCAUCAGCAGCAGUGACCCCAGUCGUAGAGGAGAGAAUCUCAUCCCUUUUGGAGACCGCCCUGUCCUCAGUAGAAGCAGCCAAGGAGUUCUAUGCCUUCGUCAUGUCCGGCGAGGUCAGGGAUGAAACCUUCAGUGAAAGGGUUUACAAAUCUUUGCGGAAUUUCAUGUUGGCGUUGUUAUCGAUCAAGGAGCCCGCGAGAUAUACGGACCUUGUACCGCUUCACUACUGCCGGGCCGCACUAAUAGCCGUACUCGACUGCCCUGAAUGCGUCUAUGUUGCGCUAGCCUCCCAUCUGGACAGUGCAGUGCUUAUAGCACUGGUCAAGCGCUGCAGUGGCUCUGCCAGUACAGAGGCUAAGGAAUCCAUGCUCGUUGCUACUGUGGAUAUGGACACUAGAAAGACUGACCCGAUACCAUCCCAUGGUGGCGAUGCUUGGUUUGUCGAGUCUCUUCUCCAUCGCUUGUACGAGAAAUGCCCAUCCCUUCGUCCUCAACUACGACUACUUGUUGGUGAGGAGCUCGUCGCCUUUGUCCAGUGCCCUCAGAAGAAUGCGGACAUCAAACCCUUGGUGUCCCUUUUGGGUCGAAUCAUUGGAGGCUUCCAAACUCCACUCAACUCUACUCACCUCAGCCUGCUCUACAAUGUCAUACUGCCUCUCCACAUGCCCAAUGGGUUCGCCUCUUGGGACAGGCAAACACCUCUCCUUAAAGGGUACCAUCGAGAGCUUACUCAAUGUGUAGUCAUCUACCUCGAUAAGCAACCCGAAUUAUUCCCGAAGAUCAUGGAUGGUGUUUUCACGGCACUCCCACCGCCGGCCCGAGGGAAUACCGCCAAGGAGCUUCUCCUCCUCGCAGAAAUCGCGCGACUUCUACAAGGCGUCAGUGUUGAUAAUUUCAACAAGAUUGAUAAGCAGCUGCGCACGGUGGUAAAGAAUCGUGUAAGGGUUAAUAAAAUGAUAGCCAACGUCCUCGCGGAGUUGGAGAGGGUGAAUCCAUCAGCAUUCCAGAAAGCAGCAACUGCCACCGUCCAAGCAGCCCGCGAAGCGAAACGGCAGAGUGAAAAAGACGAGGCAACACGGAGGGCUGUAGAGGCGAGGCUUAAGGGAAAUCGAGUUCCCGUGCCCUCAGCAGUGCCGAAGCCUCCGAGCCUCGCCCAAAUGUCCUCGAUCGGCCGCUCGCGUGGUAGCGGGAGUCAACCUCCUGUAACUAUUACUGGAGUGGCGCCAUGGGGACCCGAACCCAAGGCUCGAGCUCCGCCCAAGGAGGACGAUGUUCUCGAUGGGGAUAGUGAUCCUGUGACUGUCCUUCACCGUUUUUGUGAGAACUGCGAGCCUCACGAGGGGGCUCAAAAAGAGAAGGUUUGGGAAGAAGCUCUCACAGCGCCGAGCCCGACCAUUCUGACCACUCUCAAGUUUCACCAGAUGGUCCGGGCGCGCGAGAUAGGGAGCGGAGCCUUCUCGACGGUUUUGCUAUAUUUGGUGACACAGAAGGGUAAGGUUCGCUCGGAGUGGCCCGAAUAUGCUGUUAAAGUAAUUCAUCCCGACAUACUGGCCAAAUACAGUCAGAACAUUUCAAGAGAGAUCGCCAUUCUUCGCCUGAUGCCCCAUCCAGGCAUAACCCGUCUGGUGUCCGCUUUCAUGUACCACAAUGAGUGCUAUCUAGUACUUGAAUAUGCUGCCAAUGGUGAUAUGUUUGACUACCUCCAGGCCCACCCGUCGGGGCUCAGUGAGGGCGAGGCAAAGAGAGCCCUUGGGGAAGUACUUGCCGCUCUGGACAGCAUUCAUCAGCAGGGUUUCGUUUACGUUGAUAUGAAGCCAGAGAAUAUAGUCAUCACGUCUACGAGACACAUAAAGUUGACGGACUUCGGGGGCGCGAGGCCGUAUACGACACAGGCAGAAAGAGAAGUUGAGAAGAGUCGUCACGCUGUUCAAGAGCUCCGCAGCGGCGACUGGAGAUAUGAUGGUACUUUUCACAACUUCCAGAUUUACAUGGCCCCUGAGCUUCUCCGAGGACGGUAUCCGAGCGUCGCCUCUGAUAUGUGGGCAUAUGGUGUUGUGAUGUACCAAUUACUGACUGGGAGACCUCCUGAAUGGGCCGAUGCUGCAGCAGAGUCGGAGAUAGAAGACAAGUACACUAUGAUGAUGUCAAUCCCAAAGCUUAAUCAUUCAUCACUUAGAAUUGACUUGAUAAAGAAACUAUUGAAUCCAAACCCUGAUCUUCGCCCCACUAUUGAAGAGGUUAUGAGCCAUCCGUGGUUCGAAGGUAUGAAUGUCGGUGAUUUGUACCUGCAACCUGUUCCUGAAGGCUUCUUCUCACCAGUGGAGAAGGCUCAAACUGAGGUUGACAGUAGAUGGUCUAAGAGGCAGCUAUCGAAGGUGUGGAGUGCCCAGCCUAAUCCACAGGAUUAUAGAUUCGACCAACAGCCUGCGACCAAUUCUGCAGGGAUCCCCACCACUCCCAUUGUUGAAUCCGAGGAACGCGGGAGUCCGUUUCUGCACGCUAAGACCCGUGGAAUGCCGCCUGUACAUCCCCUAUGA